GAUGCUUACUUAGUAAGAGAACCGCGGAAGACCUUAAAAUUCUGAAAGUGGGGCUUGAAGUGAACAGCAUCGCUACGAAGAAAGAGGCGUUUCCAAAAUUUCCCAAUGUCCAAUUACGAUUAUCAAUUGACUAUACCGUUCCCCCCAGAAAAUUGGCAUAUCUCAGGAUUCCUGUUGCAAUGGAGGAUAAGGUCAAUCGCAAACUUCAAGAGAUGUUGGACGCAGAUAUUAUUGAACCCGUUCUUGGCCCUUCUGAUUGGAUCUCGCCUAUGGUAGUGGUUCCAAAAGGAUCUGAUGACAUUCGAUUGUGCAUAAACAUGCGUUACCCCAACCAAGCCAUUCAACGAGAACACUACCCUUUGCCAAUCAUUGACAACCUGCUAAAUAAGCUCAAAGGAGCGGUUGUAUUUUCAAAACUCGAUAUUACCUCCGCUUACUACCACGUAGAGUUACACCCGGAAUCGCGUGAGAUAACUACUUUUAUGACAAGUAAGGGUCUAAUGCGCUUUAAGCGGCUUAUGUUCGGUAUAAAUUGCGCACCGGAGAUAUUUCAGCGAAUAAUGUGCGAGAUGCUUGCUGAUAUCGAAGGUGUGAUCGUCUACAUCGACGACGUUGUUGUGUGGGGAGCAACUCUUGCCGAGCAUAAUGAGCGACUGCAAAAGGUGCUGGCAGUCCUUGAAAAGAACCAUGCUCUGCUGAAUAAAGAUAAGUGUGUGUUCGAAGUUCAGGAACUUGAAAUACUUGGUUUUAAGAUCAGCGGAGAUGGUAUUAGUCCUACAGAUGACAAAGUGGCAGCGAUCCGAAACUUCAGGCUGCCAGAGUCGAAGGAGGAAGUCCGAAGUUUUUUAGGGCUUCUGAAUUUCAUGGGCCAGUUUAUUCCUCACCUUUCUUCAAGGACCGAAGCGUUACGAAGUUUUAUUCGAGGUGAAGUAGAAUCCUUCGGUGCUGAUCAGGAAAAAGCGUUCGAUGACCUACGUCAUGAGUUGGCGAGCACAGUACACCGUCUUGGCUUCUUUGAUCCGAAAGACCUCACCGAGCUGUACGUGGAUGCAUCUGCAGUCGGUCUCGGCGCUGUUUUAACGCAGAGGGACAGCAAGAACCAACCACGAAUAAUCAGUUUUGCAUCGAAGGGGCUUACGAAGACGGAGAGAGUCUAUCCACAAACACAGCGCGAAGCAUUAGCUGUCGUUUGGGCAGUGGAAAAAUUUUAUUCGUAUUUGUUUGGUAUACACUUCACGGUUUUCACGGACCAUAAGACACUGGAGUACAUUUUUGGCGGAAAACACCAAGAGGGAAAGCGUGCAUGCUCGCGUGCCGAGGCGUGGGCGCUGCGGCUACAACCAUACGAUUUUACAGUGGUACAUGUCCCAGGGUCUGAAAAUAUCUCUGACAUCUUCUCAAGAUUAUGCCAUCAAUCAGAUGCACCGUUUGAUGAAAGUUCAGAACAUUACGUUUGCGAGAUCGGGGAUGAGCUAUCGGCUAUUACUCUGGAUGAAAUUAAAAAAGAAACCAAUCUUGACGAUGAACUAAAGGAAGUUGUUCAGGCUAUUGAAACCCAAGAGUGGCCUCCGCACUUGUUUGCCUAUCAGGCUUUCGCUAGGGAGCUUGGAGUUUUAAAUGGUGUUGUUGUCAGAGAAGACCGAAUCAUACUUCCUUCAAAACUGCGACAAAAAGCGUUGGAUAUCGCGCAUCGAGGCCACCCGGGAGUAGUAACAAUGAAACGCAAUCUAAGAGAGAAAGUAUGGUGGCCGUACAUGGACCGGGGAGUUGAGAAUCACGUGCAGGAGUGUGCUGGUUGUGCUUCAGUCAGCCAACAGGGACCGCCAGAGCCAAUGAUUCGUAAAGAAAUGCCUGAUCGAGCGUGGCAAGAUUUAGCUUUGGAUUUUUUCUCGGCAAAGGAAUGUGCGACGUUUUUGGUCGUGGUUGAUUAUUACAGCCGAUUUUUGACUGUCAUUGAGAUGAAAACCACUAAUGCAUCCAAAACCAUUGAGGCCUUAGAACGUAUCUUCAGAGAACACACCUACCCUGAAUCAGUUCGAACUGAUAAUGGACCUCCUUUUGCGAGUGAAGAGUUCACGAACUACUGUAUCAGGAAGAAUAUCCGACUCGUGCGUGCCAUACCUUAUUGGCCCCAGAUGAAUGGGCUAGUUGAAAGACAGAACCAGGGGAUCCUCCGAGCACUACGAAUUGCCAGAUCAUUAAAAGAAGACUGGAGGAAAGCUGUUGAUGAAUAUGUGUAUGCUUACAAUACAUCUCCGCAUUCUGUCACCGGAAAGUCCCCAAUGGAACUUCUCACUGGAAGGCCUGUGAAAGACCUACUACCUUCGCUAAGAACCGAGCCGUAUUGGAAUCGGGAUGAGGAAACGCGUGAUAAGGACACAAUAAAGAAAAUGCAGGGAAAAUUGUAUGCGGACAAACGACGUCAUGCCAAAGAAUCAGUAAUAUCCGUUGGUGAUACUGUCAUGAUUAAAAACUACGACAUGGGAAAACUGGAACCUAGAUUUCGAUUGGAGAAAUAUUCUGUGAUCCAGAAAAACGGAAGUGACGCGAUUGUCUUGAGUGCCGACGGGACCAAAUACAGACGCCCAGUAGCUCAUUUGAAAAAGUGGCCAAAUUGCCAUGGCCAAGAUGAUCUGCCACAGUUACCGGCUACACCGAUUUCAGAUGAUCAGGACGAUUCUCCGAAACAACCGGGCAUCGGAAAUUCUGAGAUGCGUACGACGAUAGCGGACAGGACGACUCGAAACAAAGAGUUUCAGGAACCUCCACCCACUAAACGGCCGAAGAGAUCCAUUAAGAUGCCAGCACGAUUUGAAUUAUGA